ACUAAUUAAGACGCGGACCAAUGGCUUUCGUGGGAAAGUGAGCGAUUGUCGGCUCGCGCUGUUCAUAGGUGAUCGGUCUGUGCGCGAAGAAAUUCAACCAGAACUUCUGAUUUGUUAAACUUCCAAGAGUGAUAUGAACAUUCACAGCAGAAACUUUGGAACUGUGGAGUUACCUUCAGUUCAUGUGCCAAGUGUCUCAAGAUGCGAUCAAGAGGUGGAAAAAACCUACAAACUUUGGUCUGAUACUCCUGGUGAACCUCAAGAUUUUACAAAACAUGUUCAAGAACUCCUCAGAAAAAUACCUGGCAAUCCAAAUAGAGAAGGGCUUACUAACCAACAAAGUUCGGUGCCAAAUAAAUUGGAGGAAAAGGGGUUGUGGGACAGCCACCAAGAGAAUUGGGAUACUCUUGCCUGGGGUCCUUCUCCAGAAAUCCAGGCUGAGAAAAUCCUGGAGGACUUGGAAUCAAAUGAAAUUCAGAACAACUCAAGCAGUUUCCUAAACUGUGAAGAGUUUCCCAAUGUGGCAGUGAUGGAAAAAGAUUUUGAAGAUCAGUUUCCCCAGCAACUCUGCGGGCCGAAUACCUGUCGACAGUGGCUCUGUGGUGACAAUUUCAGUGAAUAUGUUUUGCAACCUAAAUCAGCCAAUGUUUCCCUGAGCAACCCAAGAUCCCACACAGACAAAAACUCACACGCAGAGCUAAAUGUGAGCGUGUGUCAGAAUGGUUUAAGUCAAAUGGAGAGAUACAUUUGCUCACAGAUGCAGAAACAAAACAUUGGCGUGGAGAUGUCUACUUCCAUCAGAGGAUUGCCGCAGAUGACUCCCCCAACUGUUAAGCAAAUGGAAAAAGCAGAGAAACGACAAUCUCCCCAGAUCGACCAUCAUUCAGACCUGCUUUGGAGCAACCUGAUGAUGUCAGCGAAUGCAUAUCACUACAUGUCACAUAUGACAUACGAGUCCUGGAGGUACCCCAUGCUGCACACCCAGUCCAAAAUCUCCAGCUCAAGCUACACACAGAAUCACAGAAGCACUUGGCCACAUUGCGUGCAAGUGGAGUUCACCAAUGGCAUUCUUCAUAACUACCCGGGAGAAAUCAGCAGCAGAGACGAUCAAUCUGAAGAUGACCAGUGCACAUAUGCUGACCAACUUUCCCAUUACCUGCACGAAUGUGGAGUGCAGCGCAGGAGUUUGGAGGAGGAAAGACAGAAGGUCGAAGCCAUCCUUGACAAAACAUUUGGAAAGCCAUUAAAAAGGGCGACGGAUACUCAGUAUCCUCCAAAUCCUCUGAACGACUCAGAAAUCGGUCAACUCAUGGCCAGUCAUCUGAGGGAACAAGCACAGGUGGCCGGACUAGUGGAGAGAAUGCACUCCAUGUGCAGUCAUCCCCAGUACAGAAAGAUCCACGCCACUCUGAACCAUCACCAGACAACCAUCUGUAUCACACAGGCCAGAAUCAGGGAUGCUCUUGGAAACAAGCAAGCAAAUCUGCACCAGGUCACCUAUACAGAUGACAAAGUCACCCUGUUGCUGAUGAUCUCCAUGAAAGACCUUGAGCGCACAACCAGGAAGCUUCGCACCGCCUUGUGGUGCGCUCUACAAAUGACCCUGGCAGAGCUCUCGGAAGUUUUGGAUGAUCAUGAUAGCAGGGAGAAGGCAGACACGGAGAGCAUGUCUGAGGGGUACUUUUUCAAUGUUUGACAAUGGAGACACGCACGAGCCAAUAAGUGUUUGGUGUGUCUCGAUGGCCAAGAAGGAGAUUUACUUGCAUGUCUUAUUUGAAUUGAAUUAGUGUUGGUUCUAAAUGUUACCCCUUUCUGCCACAUUUGAAUUUUAUGUCGCUAUUUAUGAAGAAGAAUCCAUCACAUUCUUCUUUUACCUAUUUAUUGGAAUGAGAUAUGAAUCAUUUAAUCAAUCACUGAACCCAAAAAAUAAUUUUAGGAAAAAUUAU